AUGACAGCCAGAAAGUCCGGGUCGCGAUUAGAGACUGAAAUAGAGCGCUGUCGAUCAGAGGGACAAUGGGACAAGAUACCAGAACUCGUGCGGCAGCUGUCUGCGAAACUCAUCUCAAACGGUCCUGAAUACAUGCAGGAGGCCAGUCUGAUCAUGGCUAAGCUUUGUUAUGUGGAGGGUGAUUACAGGGAAGCACUGAAUCAGUACAGUCGUGUGAGUCUGGAUGAGAUGCAGCUGGUAGGGGCUCCAGUGUACAGACUGUCCACGAUCGCUGAGGCCUAUGCUACCAAAGUAUAUUCAAGGAUUUUAUGGUUGUGCAAUCACAGGACCCCAGGAGCCAUAUCUGUCUGUCUUGAAAGAGCCAUGAAGUUUGCCUUUGAGGAGUUUCAUCUCUGGUUCCAGCUCGCUCUUUCCCUAAUGGCUGCUGGGAAGUCGGCUCGAGCAGUGAAGGUACUGAAGGAGUGUAUGAGACUAAAGCCGGAUGAUCCCACCAUUCCUCUGCUGGCCGUCAAGCUGUGUAUUGGAAACCUGCACUGGCUGGAAGAAGGUGAGCGCUUUGCUAAAAUAGUGAUUGAUAUGGGUGAGAAGGCGGCUGAAUUCAGGGCCAAAGGCUAUCUAGCUAUCGGUCUCGUCUACAGCCUGAGAGCCACAGAUGCAUCUCUUCGAGGAAUGCAAGAAGAGUAUCAGAAAAAAGCGCUGAGUGCUUUCCAGAGGGCACAGAGUCUGUCCCCCACUGAUCACCUAGCUGUUUUCUACCUGGCGCUGCAGCUGGCUGUAUCUCGACAGCUUCUUGUCUUCUCUCUGUGUGCGUGUAGUGAUUCUGGGAGGGGGAGCAGUCUGUUAGACAGAGCUGUUGCUGACCGUCGCCAGCUGAAUGCCAUGACACUACCGGACUUCAGUGAUCCAGAGACAGGUGA